AUGAAAAAGCUUACCAAGAUGAACGCUCAACGAAUGCGAUGCCUCCUGGGCGUCACGCUGCUGCUCCUUGUGCACUGCGCCGGCAGCACUCUCGCAAUGACGGAGCACCACCGCUGCAUUUACGACUACGUCAAUGUUCUCGUCAAAGAUAAAAAAGUGUUGUUUUCUGGAAGCCCUUCAUCGACACACAAUGCGAUAAUGGCUGAGACGUCAGGAGAGGUGGAAGCUGCCGAAGGUAUGGCUACAAAUAAUGGUGUUCCGGUUCCAAGCAUACCUUCGUUUCCACGUGUUGGUCGCAAACCCAUCCGCAUCAAGGUGUUCAUGGUAGAUCCGAUCAGGGGCUCUAACUGCACCAAAGAAGAUGAUAAGUAUUUGAAUGUAUUCGGGAAACACAAGAAGUGCACCGCGAAGGACAUCAUGACUCCAGAGAAGCAGAACAUUCUGGAACACACAAUUAUCCACGAGGCUGUGAAGCUGCAUGCCGACCGGCUUGCCGUAGAUCCUUUGAAGAGCCCCAUCGUUGUGCCGAGGUACAGUGAUACGACUGUUUGUGGCCGGUUCAACAUCCCUGAAGAGCACCACACGAAGGGUAUUGAAGGCAUCGACAUGGUGCUGUACGCCACUGCUGCGCCGGCCGUUGAUGGUGCCUUUGCGUGGGCGGCGACGUGCGCGGUGCACCCCAAUGGGCGGCCGCUGAUUGGCGUGAUCAACUACAGUCCGCGCCACAUUGCACGCACGUCGCAGGCCGUCCGCGUCGCCGCACACGAGAUUGCGCACACACUUGGCUUUAACGUGGAGACCAUGCAUAAACAAGCUAAGAUGGUUGGAAUAUCAAUCAAGGAAGCCCGAGGAAAAGAGGUCUUCGUUUUUGAUGCGGCGAAGACAAAAGUAUGGGCAAAGUAUCACUACCAAUGCAAGAGGUUUUAUGGCAUGGAGAUGGAGGACGAUACUGUGUGGACAAGCGAUGAGGUAUCCGCCGAAUGGCCGCAACACGGCGAGUUGGAUUUGAGGUCAGCUGUUCCUCUUGGAAUUCAAGCAGAGGAAGCUGCUGCCAGUCAAAUGUCUAAAAAGCGUAGACGAAAUUUGGCUGACUGGGAGUUGUACACAAUGCUGGGUGUGAGUUCCCACUGGAAGCGGCGCAAUGCUAAGGACGAGUUGAUGGCCGGUUUUGUGGGCGCUGGACGCUACACAGCUAUAACACUUUCAGCAUUCGAAGACAUGGAGUAUUACAGUGUUGACUAUUCGAAGGCGGAGCCGAUGCGGUGGGGCAGGGGCGCUGGAUGCGAUUUUCUGAACAAGACUUGUGUUACGAACGGCGUAUCAAACAACGUUGCCAUGUUCUGUGACAGCUCUUAUGAUGAUAAACUGCGAUGCACGUCUGACCGUCAAGCCUUGGGGACGUGUGUCAUUCAAACGUACGAAGAGAUUCCAGACGCGUACAAGUACUUCAAUGCCGAGGGUGGCAAGAUACUUGGUGGCAGGCGGGAGGACAUGAUGGAUUACUGCCCCAUUAUUGUGGCGGACAAAGGCUUCAGCUGCAUUGAUGGCAACCGGAGCAAGAUGCCGGGGAGUCUGGUCGGCGCGAACUCGCGGUGUGUUAGAGGAAAUGAUCUGACGGUGUUGGGCGAGGCGGUUGGCGACGUGUGCGUGCACGUGGCGUGCUUUGAGGGGUCGGUGUACGUGCAGUACGCUGGUGCCCCCACGUACUACUUGUGCCCGCAGGGGAAGUUCCUGAAGGUUCAUGGUGACUUCGCCAAGGGCGGCAGCAUUGCUUGCCCGCGGUACGAGGACGUGUGCACCGCCAUGCUGCCGGAGGCUGAGAGCAGCACGGCCAGUGGUGUUUCAAGCUUGUCGAAGCUCGGUGCGGACAUGUCAACUCUGCGGAUCAACACGGCUGUCGACCGGCACAUCAUCGAUCCCACAGCUGCAGAACCGGAGGGCGGCAAACCUCAGACUGCACCGGCCACCCAAGGCACCGAAGUCACAGUCGUGAGUUCAGCUGACACGAGCGACAGGGAGGUGACGUCUGCCACGACGAGCUCCGAGGCGCCCGUGGGUCAAACCGUCACUGAUGCCACCAAAGAAAGAAGUUCGACUGCUUCAGGAACUGAGGAUGGUCAGACCAGCACCUCUGCAGUAACAGGAGACACUGAAACACCAGUGGUUUCCAAACUCUCAGCCGGCACCACUCAUGCUACUAAUGGUGAUAGCCGCCAGAGGAUCGUGACAGCGCACGGCAGGAACCUUGAUCUGAAGCUGAAUGCUGAUGGCAGUGCUGCUGCCUCCGCUUUGAUGCCGCUUGUGUUGGCCGUCUUGGUCGCCUCUGCGAUCAUGGCGCAUUGA